AUGCACUUGGAUGCCCUGCUCAACCCCGACGGCACUGAUGAUCUGCAGUACUGCAUCGGAACCGAGCAAGUCCUCGAUCAUCGCUUGGUUGCUGACCUUGCCCACCAGGACACCGUGGUCAGCGUGCUUCGCACACGUCGGCGAGUACGAGUCCGAGUGUGCGUUCCGAAGGAUGGCCAGUCCUACAACGGCAUCAUGGCGAGCGUCGUGGAGCUGGAUGACGUGGACGUGAUGUUGCCGUGCGACUGUGCCUCCUUGCGCUCUCUGAUGCAGCCAAUGGAGACAGCGACUGAAGGGUUGGAUAACACCAUGCUCGGAGGCGCAGCUAAGCUGGCCUUGAAGCGAUGCUUAAGCGUAAAACAAAUCGCUCGACGUCAGCUGGAGGAGUUCCCUGCCGAAGGCCGCUACAUCUUCCUGAACAUCGUCUUCGCGGACUGGGGCCCCCGUGUGCGAGCCCACAUCACGGGAGAAGUAACCAUGUCCCUGCCCGGCAGCACUUCACUGUUCGCGCUCCGCAACCAUCCCGAGCCUUCCCAGCUGACGUCCGAAGCGAUUCACUGCGGUCGCCUGGCCGACCUCAUGCUGAUGGAAGCUCACGCGGACCGCUGA